AUCAGUGCGCCCGCCUGCCCGCCUCCUCUCUCUUUCCCCACCCAUCCUCCACGUGCUGAGCUCUAACCCGGAGUUAGAAGGGAAUUAGAACACGCCCCCCGUGUGUUUUUUUGGCUGCUUUUUUUAGGGCUUUUUGGCGGCUUUUGGGACGGCGGCGAGGGGUGGCGCCCACGCUCCUUGCGCGCCCGCCCCGGAGGCUCGCAGACGCGGUAAUUCUGGAGGAGGAGGAGGAGAGAGGUGGGCAUGGCGGCUGUUUUGGAGCUGUUGCUGCAGGACGAGGUGGCAGCCAGCUCUGUCGUGCGGUGGCUGAAGGCGAGCCAGAGCCCCUGCGCCGUGGAGGAAAGCCAAGUCCACCCCAAGCUAUCCCUCCUGAACUUGCUUCAGAAAGACUUUGUGCCUUUUUUGCUGAAUUAUUUAAGGGAACAGACUAGUCGGAUACUGACCAAUGGACCACCUACUCCUGCUAAAGCGCCAAAUUCCAAGCUCCUGGGAAGUUACAGGAAUCAAAGGCUGGGGUCUGAAAGGACGUCUCGUAGCAUAGCAGGGUCCGGCAGUAGUCGAGGGCAGCUUUUCUUUGAUUCAACUCCCAUCACCAGCAAUUCUGCCUUGGAAUCACAUGGAUCUUCUGUCAUUACAGGAUCAAGCUCAUUGGGUUCCUUCAGUGAAUGCCUAAAUACAGAUUCUGGCACUAGCACGAGUUUUGGUUCAAGCCCCAUUUUUUCUCGCAACGAGAGGCGCUCUGCUCAGAAAAUAAGUUUAGGGAGUUUCCUUGUUGCUACCCCAGCGAGGCGGGGCAGAAGAAAAGGCACUGGCCGGCCAGUGGCACAAGACGCGGGCAGAGGCUUGAACGAAGAAGUAAAAGGUGACAGUCCUUCACUGGGUUCAUUGAGGCAGAGGAAACAAAGUGAAGUGAGUCCUGUCUCUACAAGUUCCCCACCGGAGCAGCUUAACCUAAAUGACUUGGAGGAGUUUCCGCUCAUGUGUGCCGCUGGAAUGGCAAACAAAGCCAAACCUUCGAGAAGAAUCAACCCUACUCCAGUGAGUACUGAGCGAACCUUCUCCAAGCCCAAGAUGUGCUUCACUUCCACCCCUGUUGGCCAGUCUCAAACUUUUCAGUCUCAGUCCGGAACAAGUCCCGAGGCCCUUGUUAUCUCUCAAGAAGUGACCCUGUCUUCCAGUUCGGGUAUCCUUCAGGAGGAGAGAGAGAUGCUGAAGAAGGAACGGUCCAAGUUGCUUCAUCCCACAUCUUCACCAACAGGAUUAUCCCUGGAUUCUGGCAUACCAAUGAAACCUAAUGUCGGUCAGAAUGCAAGCCUUUCCUCUGAAAACCAGUUGGUAUCCUCUGCCGAUGUCAACAAGGUUUCCUGCAGGAAACAGCUGGAACAGCUGGCUCAACUUUAUUCAUUUUGCAUAGCAGAAAACCUUGUGCCAAAUAUCUUCUUGGAGAUCUUUUUUGUGUUCCAGCUGCUAACAUGCAAGGGAACUUCCUCUUUUGAAAAUGGAGAGAAUGACCAGAGUUUCAAUGGAGAGUAUAAAGAUGCAGUAGAGAGGCAACACUUUCGAAGUGUACACAACUGUGUAUAUUUUGCUGUGAAAGUCUUGGAUUAUCAGUUUCAAAUUAUAUCACAUUUAGAGAAAGGAACACUGAAGCUCUUGGCUGAGAAUGACAGGAUCACAUCCUUUUCCCCUGACUUGCAUGAGAGGCUUAUGGCAGUCUAUGAAAACAGCACAGCAAAGGUCUCCCUGUUGCUGCCUUCAAGCAUACAGUCAGUUUCCUUUCAGCCAGAAACUGACAAUCGGUCUAACUUUUCUAGUGAUAAGGCAUUUCAUGUGUUUAAGAAACAAAGAGAUAUUUUCUACGAGUUGCUGCGUGAAUGGGAAGAUAACUGUGAAAAAACAGGCUGGGACUUUGAGAAGUGUCUGGGAGACAGGAUCAGGGUCAUGAUGGCUCACCUCUCUGCUGCUUACAACUACAGCCAUUUUGCCAGGCUCUUUCAGAAGCAGCUUCUUCAGAUGUGUAAAGGUCCAGUUGUUGUUGGUACAAGUUGGGGAGACACCCCAGACCAGGAUGUCCUUAACAUGCUGGGUUCUGAUAAUCUGAGCCGCUUGAAAAGGCUGCAAGAGAGAUUCCUUGUCCCUCAGAGCAUCCGAGGGCCUUGCCCACCUCCCUCCUUCCCUGGAUGCCAGCAGUUCUUCAGGGACUUCAUCCUCAGUGCAGGAAGUUAUCAAUUUAAUCAGCACCUUAUGGACAGCCUGAGCCUGCAAAUACUUGAGCUGGAUGGCCUUGCCUUGGUGGAACAUGAACCCAGUGAUGGAGAAGCAAUGGAUGAGCAGGAUGAAAAGAAGCGUUUUGCUGCUGUCCUUAUGAGCCUCCGACUGCUGGCAAAGUUUUUUGGUUUCCUUGUCUUCCUGCCUUAUCACACAUCAGAACCAGCAACUGGAGACUUGCUAGAAUCUGCAGUGAUGUUAAGAAACCAAACCCAUCCUGUGCUGGAUAUAUUGAAGCUGCUUAGGCAAUCAAUACAGAAACGAUGCACAGUCUUGACUGUACCUUGGGUUGUAGAGUUCCUUUCCCUUAUGGAUCAUAUCGCCCCAUUUCUGGACUACUAUGGGAAGAUAUUUACUCUCCUCUUGCAGCUGUACAGAUACCUGCUGAUUUCUGAGAAUAAAGAGAUGUGUUUCCUGAACAAGCUGCUGAUCCUUGCCAUUUUGGGAUGGCUUUUUCAUGUGCCUACUGUCCCAGGGAAUCUGUUCUUUGCGGGCGAAGUGAGAUCAGAAGAACUGGCAACAGACUCUGCGGCAACAGUUCAAGCUCUGGAUUCUGUGCCUGUGGUGGAUCAGCAGUUACUUUAUACCUGCUGUCCAUAUCUUGGUGAGUUGAGGAAACUUCUGUCGUCUUUUGUGUUGGGAAGCGGAGGAAAGAAUGGUGGUUAUGUAAGGAAAAUAACUCCGACUGCUGCAGAGACCUUGGUUCCAAAGCCUCCCAUCACACAGCAGAAGCUUCAGGCAGAGCUGGAACAAGCCUUCUUCCACAAUCAGCCCCCAUCUCUGCGGAGAACUGUAGAAUUUGUGGCAGAGAGAAUUGGAUCCAACUGCGUCAAGCACAUCAAGGCAACUCUGGUAGCAGAGCUGGUGAAAAGAGCCAGAGUCAUGUUACAGGACAAAGUGAAGGCGGAAGUUGGCAAUUACGACAAACUGCUGGAUGAAGUGUGCUCUCAGCUGUAUGAGGAAGGGGCACAGGCUCUUAUUCAAGGCAAAGAAUUUUGCAGGAAGAAGGGCCCUGAGGCUGUGAAAAUCUUGCUGCCAGAAGAGACAUCUGCAGCAGUUUUGAGCUGUGCAGCAAAUAUUGCGGUGGGACUAGCUACCGAGAAGGCCUGCACCUGGCUCACCACCAACAUCACAGCCUUGAUUAAGAGAGAAGUGAAGGCCACCUUCAGCCGCAUGCUGAAAACGCAGGCGCUUUCUCAGCCUAGUAUUAGCGAAGCUGUGCAGAAGAAGGGGUGCUCCCCAGACUGUCAGCAUCAGGCUGCAUUCCCCUCGCAGAUCAUAAAUGAAAUCAAGGAUGUGCUGUGCCUUGCUGUUGGCCCAAGGAAUGAGGAUGAAGCAAUCCAGUUUGUCGAUUUGGAAAAUUUGUUGGGAAGGCUGAGCCAGACCCUUGGAUGCAGAAAGUUCAUAUGCCCAGCGUCAGAGCAGCAACUGGCUAAGUGCACAGUGGAGCUGGCUUCCCUUCUAGUUUCAGAUCAUGUCCCUAUCCAUGGGCUGACCUUCCCAGCCCCAAAGAAGCAGGAGCAGCAGCAAGCAAAGAACCGCUUCAUCUCUAGCCUUCUGAAGUCCCUGCUCUCCAUCUGGAAAGAAGACUUUGAGGCACCUGUACCCUUGCAGCUGAUCUUCAGUAGGAAAAAUGCUGCCUACCUUGCAGAGAACAAACAGGACAAGUGGGAUUUGUUCUUGUUCAUGCUUCGUGGUCUUGUUGAGCAUGGAUUAAUGGCAGAUACAGAGAUACAGUGCUGUUUGCAUGACCUCCAGAAACUGCAUUGGCCUUCAGACUUCUCCAAGGAACUAGAAACACUGUUACGAAUAUUUAUUUCUGAGGAAUGCAUUGCAGAACCAAAGACCCUGCCUUGUGAAUUGGUGGGGCAAUCUAGAGGCCCCGUAGCAGCCCAAAGCUAGCACAGGCAGGCUUAAAAGCUGCUGAAAUCGUUCGUCACUUCCUGGCUCUGGUUGCGCUUGGGCAAUACUGUGGAGCUCCUUGGUCUUCUGCAAAUAAUGCCCAGAUGUUUCAAGGGGAACAGUGUUGCAAAAGGAGCCAUUUUAAGCACCUUAAUCGGAAUCGCAGGAGCAAGUCGAUGUUUCUGCAUGUGACAGCAUAUAGGGUUUAGGCCUAGAGCAGCAAUGUGGAUCCCGUGGCCCUCCAGAUGUUGCUGGACUUAAACUUCCAUUAGGCCCAGCCAGCAUGGUCAGUUGUCAGGGAUGAUGAGAGUCCAGCAGCAGCUGGAGACCAGAGGCUCAUUCCUGUUCUGGAGUGUUGGAAGAUCCUGGAAUCUGAACAGAUGUAUAAUAGACUCCUAGGAAUCUGUGGAUUCUUACUUAGGAAAUUCUCAGUUCUAAAAAUGGUCAUGUGUGGCCUUUGGGGCAGAACUCUAAUGUAAGACUUCUAUUUAUCAAGAACUCAAGUUUGAAAAAAAAUUAAAUCCUUUACUCCUUUUAAAAGGUCAAAUCAUGUCUUAAAAUAGAACAAUUUCCCAAGCAUUGGCUUGUGGGUUUUUUUAUGAGUGUUUGCUCAUAAAGUAGAUUUUAGUACAGUAUAUGUUUUUUAAAAAAUAAUAAUGAAGGAAGGUUUUCUUUUAUUAGAUAAACAGCUUUAAGUGGCAGCAUUUAAUGAAACAUUUUCCCUCCCUUUUGAUGUUUUAAAAGACAAUCCUUUCUUGGGUGUGCUCUAUAACUUUGUAGACUUGCCUAUAAAAACGGACAUUUCCUGUGAGCUGUAGCCCCUCUUCUCCCCUUCCUUUAUUCUUGCACCACAUACUUUUUCUUCAGGAGUCCUGCUUGUCUUUUACUUUAUUAAAAAGUAAUUAAUAAAAUGAUUGUAUAUGC